AUGGAGACAGGAAUGAAGAUGAAAUUUAAAAGCUGUUUUUUCUUCCUAGUUAUGAUGCAUUCAGGCAAACUCUAUGCAGAAGAUAAGCCUUGUGAUUUGCCACACAUAGAAAACGGAAAGAUUGCCCAGUACUAUUAUAAUUUCAAACGUUACUAUUUCCCUAUGCGUAAGGAAAAAAAACUUUCCUAUUCUUGUCUGGUUGGUUAUACAACUGAAACUGGGACUCAAGAUGGAAGAAUAACUUGUACAGCAAAAGGAUGGUCUCCAGUGCCACAAUGCUACAAAAAAUGUAACAAGCCUCUUUUGGAAAAUGGUGGGUUUUAUGGUACAGAAAUGUACUUCAAAAUACAGGAGAAACUGCAAUACAAAUGUAACCCAGGCUACCACACUCCAAGCGGUGGCACUGAAGAUAUUGUGCAAUGUCAGCCAGAAGGGUGGUCCUCCCAGCCAAGCUGCACUAAAAAACUUGAGUCGUGUCACGUACCCAGUUUACAUCACGGCAGCUACUUCACAGCCCAACAAGAGCUUCGACUGAAUGAAACACUGCUAUACGAAUGUGAUGAGGGAUAUCAUACUGCAGGAGGAAACACUACAGAAGCAGCGGUGUGUCUAACACAUGGGUGGUCCCGUACUCCAAACUGCUCUAAAAUAACUUGCUCCUCUUUGAGUGCAAUAGCACAUGGAGGUUUCUAUCCUGUGAAGAAAAUCUAUGAAGAGGGAGAUGUAGUUCACUUUUUCUGUGAGCAAAAUUAUUCUCUCAGUGAAUUUGACCUAAUUCAAUGUUAUUAUUUUGGAUGGCAUCCAGACCCUCCAGUGUGUGAAGAUGUAAAAAAUAAAUGCCCUCCACCACCGCUUCCUCCUCAUGCCCGUAUCAUCACAGUUAGAAGAACAUAUCAUAAUGGAGACAAAGUUCGUAUACAGUGUCAAAGUACCUUUGAAAUAAGAGGAUCUGAGGAAAUCCAAUGUGAAAAAGGAAAAUGGACAUCACCCCCUGUUUGUACUGGAACUACGGAUAGACAGGAAUCUGAGGCACUACCACCACUCGAGGAAGACGCAGCACUAAGGGCAAGCAAAACAUAUCCCAAUGAAGAUAUGAAAAUGCAGAAAAACUGCACCUCUCCACCUGUGAUUAAAAAUGGUGGUGUUCUUGGUCCAUUAUUGACAAGUUACAAAAAUGGUGCCUCAGUAGAAUAUGGUUGUCAGCGUUACCAUUCUUUGGAUGGACCCAGUACUGUUUACUGCGAACAAGGAAACUGGACAGAACAACCAACUUGCUUAGAACCAUGCACUCUUAAUGUAACUGAUAUGAACAGCAACAACAUAGAGUUGAAAUGGAGACAGGAAGAAUUAAUUUUCCUACAUGGUGAUCUCGUAGAGUUUGAAUGUAAACAGGGGUAUAAUUUUCUCCAGACUACCGUUCCAUCUCCUGGGAGGACACAGUGUAACGAUGGCAGACUGAAAUAUCCGAAAUGCAUUAUGCAAGCUCCUACAGAAAAAUGUGACUCUCCACCUUCUAUUGCAAAUGGAGCUCUCACUGUCCCACCCCUGAUGCAGUAUGACAGUGGUUCGUCAGUUCAGUAUAGUUGCUCUGACUAUCAUUUUUUGCAAGGAUCUGAGAGAAUCUACUGUUCUGAAGGACAGUGGACUUCACCACCAGUUUGUAUAGAGCCGUGUACUUUGUCAAAAAAUGAAAUGGAGAAAAAUAAUGUGCUGCUGCAAGGGUUCUAUAAGAAUCAAGUUUACUUUUACCAUGGGGAUUAUGUUGGAUUUUAUUGUAAAGAGAACCAUUUUGGAGCAGAAUCUGGUACAACUUUAUUUCAAGUGCAGUGUAAGAGAGGACAGCUGGCGUAUCCAAAAUGUGUUGAAAGAGGAAAAUAA